AUGACCUCAGACAGGCAUUACCCAAUUGGUUUGCUGUUUGAUCUCCAUGCAUCAAAUACAGCCCUUCCUUGGAGCAUCACGGUUCAUUUCAAGAAUUUUCCAGAAAAGGAUCUGCUACACUGCCAUUCUAAGGAUGUUAUUGAAGCUCAUUUUAUGGCUUGUAUAAAAGAAGCAGAUGCUUUAAAGCACAAAAGUCAAGUCAUCAAUGAGAUGCAAAAAAAGGAUCAUAAGCAACUGUGGAUGGGAUUACAGAAUGAUAAAUUUGAGCAGUUUUGGGCAAUAAAUCGAAAACUCAUGGAGUAUCCUCCAGAAGAUAGUGGAUUUCGAUACAUCCCAUUUAGAAUUUAUCAGGCAACAACAGAGAGACCUUUUAUACAGAAGCUAUUUCGACCAAUUGCUUCAGGAGGACAGUUACAUACUUUGGGAGAUCUGCUAAAAGAUGUGUGUCCUAGUGCUAUCACCCCUGAAGAUGGAGAGCAGAAGACUCAAGUGAUGAUUCAUGGAAUUGAGCCAAUGCUGGAAACACCCGUACAGUGGCUAAGCGAACAUAUGAGCUAUCCAGAUAAUUUUCUCCACAUUAGUAUCAUUCCCCGACCUACUGAUUGAAACUCAGCUGUAUUGGUAAUGAGGAUCAUUCUCAAGCUGGAAUUAUAAGGGCAUGUCAACUUCUUGCUUCCGUCAGUUUUGACAGAGGCAGCCUGACCAGAAGAAAAAAACCAAGAAAAAAACGAAACAAAACAAGAAGUCCUCACUGCUGCAAGCCAAACAGGAAGAGAGAUCCUAUCACCAGAUAAGGGCAAUGGGGCUGAUCUUAUUUUGCAUCACCGCUGCUUUUCUUCACCGCUGUAACUAAAUCGGUUGCGAUAUGAAAGAAUUUACAGGACCUCUGCGAGUCUGCUGUUUUCUUGUAAAAUAUAAUGAAGCUGAAACCGUCAGCCGAAGAGCAAAUGGAAAUAUGCCACUUGAUUGUAUUUCUGAUUAACAAAUAAACAGGGCUGUUUCCUAAAGCGGUAGUGUUUCAACUUUGAGGGUGGAAACAUUGGUUUAAUUUUCUAGAAAGUUAGACACUGAGAGGUUCAGUUACCAAUAGCUUUUUGUAAAAGAUCAAAUUACUGUAAACCCAUCUUUCCUUAAUGAGAAGUUCAUGUUUACAGUAUGUGUAUUGGUAUGCAAAUGAUCUUUUAACUUUGAUAACAAGCAGUGAGAGAUUUUCAAGUAAAUCCAUGAGCAUGUUCUGUCAUUUAAAAACAUGCACAACUUAAUAAUUUACAAAUACUUUCAGUUUGUAUGAUGUCACCGAAUACUCCAGUAUGUUUAUUAUUCAAACUGGUUUUCAUAGACUAGCAAUGAUGUAGGAUAAUUUGUCUCAGGAUUUGUCAUGCCAUUUCUUUGUGCUCAUCUAAGGUUGAUUUUUUUUUCUGUAAGAAUAUUUUCUUAAUUUAGUUUAAAAAGUUUUAAAAAAAAAAAGUAAACGGAUGU